UUCUGCAGGAGAGUGAAGAUUAAAUCCCCAAGCUGUGAAUGUAUCUGAGAUUUGGCGUUGAUGUCUGCAGCCUGAGCCUCUGGAAGGAGACUGUAGACCUGCCUCUUCCUCCCAGAAUGAUCUCAUUGGCUUCUUGGCAGCUGCUGCUUCUCCUCUGUGUCACCACCUAUGGGGAGCCGCUGGCAAAAGUGGCACCUUUGGUGAAGCCUGGACCCACAGGCCAGCAGUCCGGACCCCAGGAACUCGUUAAUGCCUGGGAAAAGGAAUCGCGGUAUGCAGAGAGCAAGCCUGGGUCUGCAGGGCUGCGUGCUCGUAGGUCGUCGCCAUGCCCGCCCGUCGAGGGCCCCGCUGGGCGCCAGCGGCCCCUGUGUGCCUCCCGCAGUCGCCUGAUCCCUGCGCCCCGCGGAGCGGUGCUGGUGCAGCGGGAGAAGGACCUGUCGACCUACAACUGGAACUCCUUCGGCCUGCGCUAUGGCAGGAGACAGGCAGCGCGGGCAGCACGGGGUUGAGUGCUAGGCUGCCGGUGGAUUGUAGAGGCCCAGGCGGGGAGCUUCUAGACUUGUGCAAUAAAAGCAAUGCUGUCGUC